AUGGAUAAAAGUGAAACUGAGACGAUACCAGAAUCGUUUUUGUCUCGGAAGCGCAAAAUUCUCUCAGAUCUCUCUAUCCCUGAUGCAGAGUAUACAGACCUCUCGCCCAAGGGGUCUGUAGAUGAGGGUAUCCGCGAUCUCAUCCACGACAUUAAUACUCUGUCAGGUCUGGUAACCACCAGUAGCUGUGCUGGACGAAUCAGCGUGUUCUUGGAGGGGAGGAAGAGCGUACAACCGCACUCACGGGGUUCGUCAGGAGAACCAAAAAGACAAUUCGCACCCUCGGGAGGCAAAGGCGCCGGAAAAUGGCUGUUUGUGUCUCAUGAACCUUUGAAAGAGGAUGUGGCUGGAUUUGGCUGCAACCGUGAAGAAACAAAGCUAGUCAAGGAGCCCAAAUCGUUGUGUGAUCUGUUUGGCAUGGUCCCAGGGGAUGGAAAGCCUCCGGGGAUGAACAAACGUGGCCAAGCCCCGCGCCUCGUGCGCUUCCAUUUUGAGCCCAUGAUUCUCCACAUUAUGGCAGCCACUCUCCACCACGCCCACCCGGUACUGUCUGCUGCGUCGGCCUCUGGGUUUCGCGAAAGUGGUUUGCAGAGUCUACGUUGUCUAGAGGCCGAUGAUGGCCCGAGUCCCAUUGUCGCUGUACGCUCCGCAGGACUAUCAAUGGAGUCGGUGAUUGGAUACUGCGAAGAGAACGAAGACGAUGAUGGUCUGUCUAUUACUGAACCGGUCAUUCGGAGCCUGGUAACUGAAGAGUACCUUCAGAUGCUGAUUGCAAUCUCGAAUGAAAGAUUCUCUAUAAAUGCAGAGCGAAAAGAAAGAUUUCGCUCAAGUAUGCUGGAACUCUGUUCAAGUCAUACCUGUGGCGCAAAAGCAAAGGGCAAGACGAAAUCUUCUGACCGGGAAGAUCCAGAGAAACGAAGAGAGAGAAAGAGAGCAGAAGGUCUGAUGAGAAAGAAACUCCUUGAGGAUCAAGCGAAAUUACACGUCCCUCAGGAUGACCCACAAGCUUGUGAGGAGAUGUGA